CGACAAAUGGCACUCAUUGUCAUAACAAAUUUUUUAUGUUGGUUCCCUGUUAUUGUAAUGGGAAUGAUGUCACUGGCAGGGUUAACAAUCCCAGGAGCAGCAUAUUCUUGGACAGCGACAAAACGCGAUUCACUGACCACUCGAUCGCUAUUGAUGUCACUCAAGCAAAAAAGGAAAGCUUUAGAAAGGAGUACCAUGAAAUCAUCAAGGAUGUUCACCAUAAGGGCAAUGCUUUAGGAGGCAUUGAGUUUGAAUCCAUUUAUGUAUCAGAUCAGAUAAAUGGGGAACGCCUUCAAGUAUAUAUUCCCGACUUAAGUACAUAUCAUGUGGUGGAUGCCGAGGAAUGCGAUGACUUUGCCUUUGAUAUGGAAGAGUUUGGAAAUCUGGUCAAAAGGAUGCUU